CGCGCGACUGGAUUUUCCCUCGUUACCUCUGAGAGAGGGAGAGAGAGGGAGCGCGAGGGAGCGCGCGCGGGCAGGAGGGAAGAGAGGAGGGUUUAAAGGGAAGCAGGAAUCUUUAUAGGGUCUGAACUGAAGGCACAGUGAGGCACCUGGUUGAUCCUGAUUAAGGAUUUUUCUGCUAAUAUGAUGUCAUAAAGCAUACUGUCCAGCUGAGAGGAGAAAAGAAGUCAAGACUCACUGCCAGGAAAGAGAAGAUGUGAGAUUAGAUUUUUAGGUUUUCCCUCCAUGGCUGAAGAGAAAGCCCUGCAGGCCCAGAAGGGAGAAACCCUUUAAUGGAUCCAGCAGUGCAGGGGAGCUGUUGAGAGAGAACAUUUGUACAACAUGAGUGUGCAAGAGGAAGUUGGGGUCCCACAAGAUAGACUACAUGAAAAAAAGAACAACAACAAGCAGCCUUUAUAUCCAGCUGACGGAGAUGCUAAUGCCAACCAAAUCUCAAUGGAGGAAAGCCACUAUGAGGGUGACAGCCCUGUGCCUCCCCUGUUGUCCCACAGCAGUGCCCAGGAAAGGAUUAUCAUUUGGGGCACACAUGCCCGCAGUGAGGACCCAGAGCUGGAGGAGUUUGAAUUAUUAGAGUGUCAGGAACUUGAAGCAUUUCUGAAGGAUGCACCGCAGGGAAAAAAGAAGGACUUCCAUCAGAGACGGUCUUCUCUUGCAUCCUCUGAGACAGGAAACUCCUUAAGGACAGAUCAAAAUGCGAACAACAGUAGAGACAUCGAUUCAGAUCAGACUGCUCAGCCGCUGGAUCUCAGGACCUCAGUCUCUCGGUCUGGGCAAAGAAGAAGCCUGAGAGAUGGACGUAGCGGCUCAGAGAACAAUGUCUUUGUUUCUACCCUCUCAGCAGUCAGCAGCCUCAGUGGAAGCUUGGCCAGUGCCCUCGACAGUGCAGGACGCAAGCAGCCUCCCUCUUCUUUGCCUAGCAAGCCUACCUCAGACAAGUGCAGGAUCCAGCAACAAGCUACACAGCAAUCCCUCGUCUUCAUCCCAAAACGAAGCAGGGAACAGCCCAGGGAUGUAGACCAGAACUACAAUUCCACAACACUGCCUCAGGAACCUUGUAGAUCAAGUGCCAAGAAUGGCAACUAUCUGGCAGACCAGCAAGGGCGAAGUGGAGACAAGGAACAAAUCAGUCAAGAGAGUAAUCUCUCCUCAAAAUUCCAGAAAAACCUUGAAAGAGUACCACCUUCUCGCAGGCAGCUUGUACGUCCACUCUCUCCCGAGACAGAGCAAAGGCUAACCUCAGGAUAUUUAGGACAUACAGAGGUGAAGCAAGAACAGCGGCCAUCCCGCUUCUCAGACCAGACAGGUCCAAAAGUUAGCAGCCAUCAGACUGACCCCAAGGAGCCGGCAGAGAUCAGCAGUAAUGUCCAGUCUCAUAGCGCAGGCUCAGGGAUCCAAACCACCAGCCAGACCUGUGCCAGAUCUGGCUCGAUUCUCAGGAGGCAAGGAUCUGCGGAGCAUGCUGCCAGCCCUCUGGACAGGAAGAGCCACUUUAACCGCAGAGCCUACAGCAGCCCAACUAGACCCUCUACACCCCCUUCUCCCAAGACCACAGGAUCUCCUCAGAAACGUACUCCAAUGUCGCCUGUGAGGACCCGAGUGCCCGCCCGAGCUCCUCAACUAGGAUAUGGUGCUUCUCAAGGGUACAGCUCUGGCCUAAGGCCUCCAGUCAAAACGAACAUAAACAUGAGUGUCCAAAACACUGCACCCCAGCAAGGCUCUACUGAGACAUCUCCACCCAAGUGCCCCCCAAAGCCCAAAAGUGUUCGCCCUAAAAUAAUCACUUACAUCCGCAAAAGCCCACAGCCGAAGCCUCAGGUUCCCGAAGGGCCCUAUGAAGUGUCUUCACUACCCACCAGACUCCUAGCCUGCAGCCCUGCUCCGAACUCCAAACCAGCCACAACAGUGGAGUCUGAUGGAGCUCCAGUGCUUAGUGCCUCCAACCUGCUCUAUGACAAGUAUCGUCAGGAGCUGCAGAAAGCCCACCUCUUCUCUCCUGGGAUGAUGGUGUCUGGAGUAAAGGCUCCCAGCCACACCAUGCCCCCAAAAGCCACUGGCAAGACACACAGCUUCUACGGCUCUCUGAGCAACAAGUACCCGCCUACAGGGAUUGGCAGGUCUCCUGCCACCCUCGGACCACAGGCUUGUGGAAGUGAGGAUCCACCAGAAAGCCUGAUCGUAACACCAGAGACAGGAGCUGUUUUCCGGCCCCCGCGGACCCUCAGACCACAGCUUGGAGUGGGUGCUGUCAACAGGGCUCCAUCCGCUGCUGCUAAGACCAGGAUCUUUACAGGGCAGAAGUCACCUCUGGCUCUCAAUCAACCAGUGCAGGCAGUGACCCCAUCAGUGACUUUAGCAGCGAUUCUCCCAGCGACCUCAUCAGUGACCUCAUCAGUGACCCCAUCUAAGCACAGCCCCCCGGAGCCUUUAGAUCAGAGGAAGGCGGCAGCAGCAGCAGCAGCUUCAGGUUUGCCUGUGAAGUCCUUGCUGCCCAAGCCGGCUCAGUCGGGCCUGCGUCCCCCUGGCUACUCCCGGCUGCCCCCAGCCCGCCUGGCAGCCUUUGGCUUCGUCCGAAGUUCUAGCGUGUCCUCCGUCUCCAGCAACCACUCCAAUGACAGCAGCCGCAGCGACCCAUGCCGACCAGCGUACCGUCCAGGGAGUGUGAGUGAUGACCCUCCUUUCCACAGGGUCAUCACGGAGCCCUGCACAGACAGUCCCAGAGCCCCCAGCCGAAGCAGUCCACAGCCCCCCUGUACGCCCGUACCCACUCGCCGCUCACUGCUGCCCCCUCCACCAAGCUCACCUGCAGGCUCUCGUAAAGACUUCCAGAAGACGUCUGACAGCUCUCGUUCGGCACAGUCCUCUCCAAAGCGACUGGCUGUUGUGACACCCAAACCCCAGUCACCAGUUCUACAGAGGCAGAGGGCAGCAGCAGCUGCAGCAGCACGGGUUCCCAGGGGACCAGGCGUGCCAGUUUUGGGACGCAGUGAAUCCCCGGGCCUGGAGAAAAGGAAAGAGGAGGCGCAGAGAAAGGAGAAGGAGCGAGAGGAGCAGGAGAGGAGAGAGGAGGAGGUGCUGAGGCUGCAGGCUCACUGUGAGGAGCAGGCCGGGCAGCUGCAGGCUCUCCGUGCUGAGCUGAAGAGGAGCACGCUGGGCCUGGACGCCUUCGCCGUCUGCAGCCAGCACUUCUGCCUGAAGAGUGAGAAUGCAGAGAAUAAGGAGAAGGACUUGUCUCUUCAGCUCAGCUGGAUUCGAGAGGAAGUGGACUGCACGGCUGCACGCUGGAAGCAACUGCAGCAGGAGAAGGCUGAGCUGGAGCGAAUGUUUGAGCAGAAGCUGAAGGAGCUUCAGGAGCAGCAGGAGUAUGAACUUGCAGCUCUAGAAGAAGACCUUAAGACCCGUCAUGCCUCUGACACAGACCACCUGAAAGCUGAGCACCAGUCACAUGUGGAGGAACUGCGAACCCAGCAACAGGAACAGAUUGAAGAGUUAACAGCUCAACACGAGUCUGCUUUGGUAGACCUGAGAACAAUGCAUAACAUUACAAUGGCAACCUUGCAAGAGGAACAUGCCAGAACCAUGAGAGACCUGAGAAAAGCCCAUGAACAACAGAAAGCUACAUUAGAGGACGACUUUGAGAAGCACAGACUUUCUUUACAGGAUCAGGUGGACACCCUGACGUUUCAGAACCGAACCCUGCGAGACAAAGCCAAGCGCUUUGAGGAGGCAUUGAGGAGAAGCACAGAUGAGCAGAUUGUGGACGCUCUAGCUCCAUACCAGCACAUUGAGCAGGACCUGAAGAGCCUGAAGGAGGUUCUGGAGAUGAAGAACCAGCAGAUUCAUGACCAGGAGAGGAAAAUAUGCCAGCUUGAGAGAGUGCAGGCUCAAAAGAAUGUGUACCUGGAGGAGAAGGUGCAGGUGCUGCAGCAGCAGAACGAGGAUCUGAAGGCUCGCAUUGACCGCAACCUUGCCCUGUCCAGGCAGCUGUCUGAGGAGAAUGCCAACCUACAGGAGCACGUGGAGAAAGAGUCCACUGAGAAGAAGCGCCUGAGCCGGAAUAACGAGGAGCUGCUCUGGCGUCUGCAGACCAGCCCUCACCUCUCGCCCUCCUCCUCUCCCAGCCACAGGGCCUUCUUCCCCGGGCCAGACAUUCCACCCUACCCUUACUCCCCGGGCCCUGGUACCCCUACUCACUCUUACUCCCCUGGACCCUGCACCCCUACACACAGAGUGGUCUCUCCCAUAUCUGGGACCCCCACCCACAGAGGCUCACCAGCAGCACGGUGCUCUCCUGCACGUGUCCCAAAUGCCAACACCCUACCCAGAUAAGCUCUACAACAUAAAGCAAACUACUCAACUCUACUUUCUCCUCCCUGUUUUACCUCUCUGUCCUCUGUUUUGUUCUUUUGUUCUAUAGUGCUGAACGUUUCCAUUGUUGCAGAGAAGAUUGUUCUCCAUUGGUGGGUUUGGGGUUCACAGUGUUGCAAUUUUGUAAAUUUAAUGAAACUGGAAAAUCUGCUUCUUUGCAGGAAGCUGACCCCAGUUAAUACCCAUGAAUGUCACUUAUCAGUAGAACUGAUAUCAAAUAGGGGUGUAAACAGUUCAAACUUGAAAUGGUUAGCUGGAAAUGAGAUGAGAACUGUUUACAAAACUAAAAUAAUGAAUUCUGUUAAACAACAAAGGUGUAAAAUUCUGCUAAAAGACAGUGGGCCAAUGUCUAAGUCAGUUUCAUUUUGACCAUAUUCAAAACAACAUACUCUACACUAUAGAGUACACUGCAUACUGUACAUAUAUUCUCAGCUUGUAUCCCCAUUUUUGCCAAAAUUCACUUUUUGACAUGUGAAUCUGGCAGUUGUUUUUUAUGUUGUUUUCAAAUUUCAUAAUGAAAUUGAAAAAUAACAUUUUUACAUCAACUUUCCCUUUCGAGAAGGUUCUGUAACAUUUAAUUUGAUGCCAUACCUAUAGGGUCACAGGACCACAAGGAUAUCACAAUUACAGUUGUGACUGCAUACUGAAAUAAUAUGCUGCAUUCCAUUUACGUCUGAUGUCACAUAUUGGAAAUUACUGUGUGUAUGAUUUAUUCAAUGAGACUUAAAUAGAUAUGGGAUAAAAAACAGUAUAAUACUACUGUUUUUACUACUACUAUUUUAAACUCGUGGUUGGUGCGGUUCUCACAACUUUCCGAGUAAGAAUUCCAACCUGUAGGAGUAUUCCAGUUUUAAUUUUGACUUUCCAGUUCAAAUGGAACAUAGCAUUAGUAUGUGGUCCUGAAAUGUUUGCUGUGCUAUGGUAUUUGGUCACAUUUUGGUAGUAUACUGCAUACAUACCAACAUUUAUGCACACAAACAUUCCAUAAAGGUAUGGCAUACAGGAAGAUUUUUCCCAUAAAUACUGUAGUGGUACUCCUGGUUCAGUGUUGGGCCUUUUUUUUUUUUUUUGCUCAUUUUAGAUUUGCUUAUUUUAAAUUGAGCUCUUUUGCCUAUUUUAUGUUAGGUUACUUAGUUCCCAAUUUAAAGAAUGGCAAGCUGAGGACAGAGGGUAAUGACAGAAUGUUAUACUAUAGGAAAAGCCUUAGAUAUCUGCCCCAUACUCUUACCACCUUUUUGCCAGACUACUCAAUACUCAAGACUACCAGCAAUAAUCCAGAAAACUUAAUUUGUUCUGGAUUUCAGAGCAGGAACAUUAAUCAUGAUAAUUAUAUGUAUUCUCAUUCGUUCUGUAUUUUGAGAUUUUUUAGAAAUAUUCCUGGGUUAUGGUUGGUGUCCUUCAGCUUUGGCACGCCCCAAUACCUGGCUGCCAAAAUUGUAAAUUAGUCUCAUGCAAGAUGAUCUGAAAUUCAUUUGGAGAGACGCCUGGAGGUAUAAACCAAGACUGUCGAUUGAAAUUUAGAAUAGCACAUAAAUACUCUUGUAUGGCAUCAUAUGUCAUACUUAUACACUGAUUUGUAGAUACAGUAUAUUCAAGUGUAUGAUCCUUAACAUUUGUCAUGUUUAUCCCGGUUGUUUUACUGGGCUGACAAAGUCUCAGGCACACUCCCUAAAAUACUAAAGUUACAAACAGAGGUUAAAGACCAUCAAAGGCAUGUAAACUACCAUGCUAAAAAAAUCAGCUCAAGUUUAGCUUUUGCUGGUAGCUAGUCUAAGAACUAAGUCAAACAAAUAUAUACCUUAUAUUGCAAGCUAGUUGGUUAGCCAGCUAUUGAUUUUUAUAGUGUGUGUUUAAACUUGAUUUUGAAAAUGCUUGGUCAUGUUGGUCAUACUGAGUGUCUAGCUUGGUGAGGAUGAUCAUGUUUGUACAGCAUUUAACUGUCAAACUUACGAGCUUGACCAGCUUAGGUUGGCCAGUUUUUUUUUUUUUUUCAGUCACUAAAACAGUUAAUGACAAUUUAGCACAGCUAGUAGUAAAUGGUUCUCUGCUGACAUAAUGUAAACAGAUUCCUAAAAUGCAGAGAUGUAUCAGGUAAAGGUUUAAUUUAACUGAUUGGAACAUUACUUGAAAAGGUACUUAAUGUUAACAGGUGCAUGUAUUGUCCAUUGUCUUUUUCAAAAAACUGUUAGCUAAGUUAGCUAGCUAGCUACUUUAGCAACAAGCUACUUAGGCUAGCUAAUUCACCUAGGCUAGUAAUUCGGUCAAGUACGCCUAAAGUUAAGCAAAUCGACUGUGUCAUAUUCAUCACAAAAAUACCAGCACUGGUUUCAGCAGUGCACCAUUUGAUUAUGUCUUUAAUAGCCUAUGUGUAUCUAUAAAAUUACAAAGAAAUCCCUUUGUGGUAACAAGAAUCCUGAUUGUAGCUUUAUAUUUAAGCUGGUUGUAAUCUAGUAGAGCCAGAGCUGGUUUAUGGAGAGCCAUGGAGUCCUCAAGUGAGUCCUGAAUGAAUGGAAGUACACGGAAAAAAAAUAUAUAUAUAUAAAUAUUAAAUAUAUUUAAAAAUAUAUAUCUAACUACUGUACUUUUCAAGGAUAUUCCUCAUUUUAGAAAGUAGAAGGAAGUAUUUUGUUUCAAAAAGCUAAAUCUUACCUGUCUAUUUCCAUUUUUCUACAGCAAACAGACUUUAGCCCAUACAGAUGCUAGCAUUACUGCUACAAUGUGCUUUAAAAAAGGUUAAAAGGCUUAAAACUGGAGCUGAGAAUAUUUUAAAAUUAUGUCCGCAGUAAUUAAAAAUCGAUAAUGUGUUGAGAAAAUUAGUAAAUUUUACAGUAUAAAAACUAAAAAAAUGACAUACUGUGAUUUUGCUCAAAUUUCCUAUUCGCCCUUUUCCACCAAUGUGGAACUGUUUGGCAGAUUUCCAACAACAAAAAUAGCAGUUCUUUUGUUUAAAAAGGCUUUAUGUGAACCCAUUCAUUUUGGACCCACUUGUGAGCGCCAUCUAGUGUCUGACCAUCCCCAGAACACAUUCUCAAGUCGGUAUUCUCCUCACAGAAUUUCACUGGUUGAGCAACAAUUUGAGUGUCAAAUGUUUUUUGUUUGAUUGUUUUUUUUUUUUUACUGAAUUGUCAGCUUUGGCAAAUUAGUCCACCAAAUAGCGGACGAUGCUCAGCUGACAGCUGUAACCUUGAACUACACAAUACUUAUUUUAUUGUUUUAUUUAUAUAUUUAGUUAUCUUUUUUGGGGGGGAAAUGCUGCAUCUGCUCUGGUCUUCCAGUCUUGUCUGUAAUGGCCGCCGCUCAGGGUCCUGUCCCUCAGGUCGCCAUGCACACUUACUUCUUAAGCAUCUGCUACACUUUAUAAACUGUAUAGACUGUAAGUGCUGUCUUUCAGCAUUCAGUUCACAAACACACACACCAAACAGAAAACGGGGAGGUGUAGAGUAUGUAAAGAUACCGACUACAGGAAUUGUGGUUGUAAAUGUUGUUGUCACCAUUUUUACUGGUAAUAUUUGUAAGGUAUUGUAACUGAUUUUUUUUUUUCGCUAUGUGCAUGUGUUGUAAAAGUCUUCCAGUCUUUUUUUGUGAAACUUGGGAUUGUGUUGAAUGUAGAUAGUAAUAGGAUCAUGGGUAUAAAAAUGCUCAUGUCCGUGCUAAGAAGACGAGACUGGGAAUGAACCACACCUCAAUAGUGAGCCAAUAUCACCUUUUUACAAAUGUACUACUGUUUUACCAAUGAAGCUAAUGUUGACUAAUGGAAGUUGUUUCUAUUGUAGUUGUAGUAACCCUUAGUAUUACCUCUGUAGAGCGUAGCAUUAUUUAGAGAUAAAUCUCUCUGUAUGAAUAAACUAGAAAGGAAUGUAGCCUAAUUAUAUAUCUUACAAUGGUGUUGUACUUUUAACGUUCAGGGAUUUUCUUUUUUGUCAGUCAGCUAGACUUUUUUUUUAAACAACAAAAUGGCAUGUGUCUUUUCAUCAGUAGAUUUAAUAAAGAUACAAUCAGUAUGUUUUUAGAGCCAACAUACAUUUUUUUAUAGCAAUAAACUAGUAUGUCUCCCCUUAUUUAAAUAAAUUGGUGAUAUGAUUCAUUUGCACCAACUUAGUGAACCGAUUAAAGAUAUGCCGUAAUAAAACGACAAAGAAUUUGUUCGAAAAGCUUACUGACGGUACCUUUAAAACAGUCCAGGUUUUUUUUUAUGUUUGACAGAACAUUAGCUGUCAGGAAUUGUCCUCCCCUCUUCCCUCUUUUUUGGAUUCUUCAGAGCACUUUUUGAAAUUGGACAUUUUAUUUUGUAUGGUAGAACUAGCGGUCCAGCAUAUUGUUACCUGUUUCAAAGGUAACUCACUUUCAGAUACCAAUUUUGAUACUGUUGUCCAAGAAAUUUGUCUCAUGUUUACUGGUAUGUUUUUCUACAAUAUCAAAUGUUUUAAUGGUGCUUUCACAGGGUAUUGUACAAACCGGUACAAAACUACCCGAAUACUAUCACUCGAGACCAGCUAACAAGUCUGAAGUGCUGUUUUCCGUCAGUUCUCAGUUCCACAGCAUACAGUAUGUACGUUCUAUGGGCAUCUUUGUUUAUCGAUAAGGGCAGUCUGGUAGGAAUGAGAAUGUUGUUGUUUUUUUGUUUGUUGUAAAAGCCUUUAUUUUUUUAUAUUACAUGGAUAUAUUUUUGAUUGUGUUCAUUCUGAUUUCAGUUUUAAAAAAACUGCACGCUGUACAGUUGCUUGAUGUUUAAUAUGGUACAACAUUCUUUAUAAUGUUUUAAUGUUCUGUCUGUUUUAUAUGAAGAGUUUCCGUUGUUGGAAUUCUUUUAAAAAGCAGACUAGUGUAAUGUCAUGCAGCCUCUGUUUUUGCUACUGUGACCUGCAUUAAAUGUGCAUAACAGCACCUAUAUGUCAUUAUAGCAUAGUUUUCUUCAUCAAUAUCCUUAUUUAGACACAGAUAGAUAUAGACUUUAUUUAAACUCUACACAGAAUUUCCCUUUUUCUACAAACAGCUAAUGAAAUGCAACUUAAUUCAUGCAAAAAACACAGUUCCACAUGACACAUAUUGAUAUAUUUGGAUUAAUGUGCCUUGGUUUAAAGUACAGUAGCAAAAAUGGAGGAGAUUGUUAACUAUGAUGUUACAGCAGUCUUUUGGAAGUGUCAGUGAUCAGGAUAAAUACUGUAGAUUAUUCAAAUAUCUUAUUUAUUCAACAUUUUAUUUUAUUUGUUACAUUUUAUUUAAAUCUGUCCAGAACCUCAGCAACCUCUUAAAACAAGCAAAUAAGGAUGUUUUUCUUGGAAAUUUUUUAAAUUUAAAAGUACAAUUGGAAAACUCCAGAACUCUAUCUCCAGAAUUAUUGAUGGCCAUUCUGGGUGCAAUUUUAAAUAAAUUCAUGAACUUUUCAAGACAAAGUGUGAUACAGGUAUACAAAUAUUGUGAUUAUUCAAUAUUGAAUAAAUGAAUAAAGACCCAAAAAUUCAUACUCAAAACAUCCUAGUUUGCCCUUUUUAAACUAUUGAGAAAAUAUUGAAUAUAUUAAAAUUGAAUAUACUACAGACCACUUAUAUAUGCUCAAAAAGUGAAUGCUUGGUGUUUUGUACCUUUUAUGAAUACAGUUUCCCUGUUUUAUAUGAACUCCCCUGUUUCUAGGAAAGAGUUGAUCUUUCAGAAUGAAUUAUUAUAACUAUCUAUGAGGGAUUGUUAUUAUAAUAGCCCUAAAUGAAUUAGACUCAGUGUUAGUAAAUCAGGGACUGAGGUUGUGUCUGUGUCCUGUAGGCGUUUUUACAGGAGAAAACCUGAAUGUCAACUUAACAGGCCAUGUUUGGGUGGUGGAAAAAUGCACUGGAAAAUGCAAUACAUUGAAUUUACUUGAUUUGUAUGAAAUCGUCGGUUUCACAUGAAUUAUAAAAAUACAUAUUUCUAAAUUAUACAUUUUUCAUUUUGUAUAUAUAAUGAUCAAGCAUUACAUUAUGACCACAUCCUUGUUUCUACACCCAUUAUCUGAGCAUAUAGGUACCACCACAGAGCAGCUAUUAUUUGGGUGGUGAUCCUUCUCAGCACUGCAGUGAGUAUUGCUCGCAUUAUUGUGGUUAGUGUGUGUUGUCCUGCUACAAAUGGGUCAGACACAGCAGUGCUGCUGGAGUUUUUAAACACCUCAGCGUCACUGCUGGACUGAGAGUAUUCCACCAACAGAGUCCUGUGACCAGCAUCCUGUAGGUAUCGUCCUGUGACCAUUGAAGAAGAACUAGCGGAUGACCAACACAAACUGUGCAGAAACAGAUUCAGAGCUUCUGUCUCUAACUUAAUUAAAUCUGCAUGAUGGAGCAGUUAGAUAGGAGUGUGUAGAAGAUUAAGUGGACACGGUGUUUAAAAACUCCAGCAGCACUGCUGUGUCUGAUCCAUUCAUAACAGCACAACACACACUAAUCAUUACCAUGCCAGUGUCACUGCAGUGCUGAGAAUGACCCUCCACCCAAACAGAUGGACUUUGGUCUGUAAUUACAGAACUAGAAAAUGCUCCUGUAAGCUCAGUGGAGCUGAAAAAAUGGUUAAUGGGUGUAGAGAUAAGGUACAAACGAUGUUAUGUUUGAUCAGUGUAUAUAUUAAAUGUAAAGAGUAGAAAAAAUUAAUGAAUAUGUUGUUUUGAUAUCAUGGUCCCAAUAUAUUGCAUCAGCACAAUUUAAAUUAUAUGCUACUCUUGGCAACAUAUGUUGAUGUGUUUUAUUCAUGUGCAGAUGAUGAAUGAAUGUAAAGUACAGUCAAUGGUUUCUGUUUUUCAGUGCAGCCUCUCUCUGCUUCCAUCACUCUAGUCUGCUGAAUCGUUUCCUUUCUUUCUACUCCCUCCUGUGACUGCUCUGAUACAGUCAAAUGUGUACAUAGUAUUUAUUGAGUCACAGAAUUCAGCAGUGCAUGUUGUCUGGGCAGAUCACUCUCUCUCAACCUCUCUCUCUCUCUCUUUCUUCUGUGUGUGUGCUUUUUCAUCUUUUCUUUGUGAUGGUCCACAAAGUAACUGUAACUGUAGCAUAGUUACUAUUAAUCCUAAGGAAUGGAAAGUUAUUUAUAUCUGAAACAAUUUGUAUGCACUUUGGGAGGGGUGGAUAUUAAAAUAUUUCCAAACAUUGAAA